AUGAGAAGCAAACUGCUGCUUAAAUCCGCGGAAUUCUACAAGGACGAUUGCUGCGUGCAAAUCACCGACUACAUCUACCUCGGCAACAUUCGCUCCGCGUCCAACGAACACCUGCUAUGCAAACUAAAGAUCGGCAGCAUACUGGACCUCUCGAACGCCGACACGUGGGCCCCGGACGCCCACUCACUGCGCGCGUGUUCCUGCACGUUGCAGACCGCCCACCCACGCUGCCGACUCAACAUUGGCUUCACGGAUGGAGACGGCGGCAGCAUGACGCAAUUCUUCGUUAAGAUGUCAAAGUUCAUCGACGCGGCGUGCGAGCGGAAGUACGGAGUUAUCGUCUGCAGCCAUGACGCGGUGUCGCGGGCUCCGUGCGCCGUCAUACAGUACUUGAUGAGCCGGCAGCGUAUGAGCUUAUCGCAGGCAUACGAUCGCGUGAUGCGGCGCUGGCCGGCCGUACGCAUCCACGACAGUCUGUGGCGAUCGCUCGAAGACUGGGAGAAAAAACUCUACGGCGGAGAAACAGCCACAACGACAUUUCGCCGCUCGAUCGCAGACGAUUGGGCGUAA